UUUAUGAUUACAUUUCAUUUUAUCUAAUAUAAUGGGCAGAUUUGAAUUGAUUUGAUUUGAUCAUAUUGCUAGUAUAUUUGAUCAGUUAUAUAUCACAAGAAAAAAAUGGGCUGCAUUGUGCAAAACCAAUCACUGGAGGCUUGCAAAGUAACAAAGCUGGCAUGGAAAAUCGACAAUUUCUCCAAGCUGAACGUGAAGAAGCUCUUCUCACAGACUUGCUCGUUUGCAGGAUACAAAUGGUAAGUUGGGGUUAUCCUGCUUUUAUCUCACACGAUGAGUUGCACGACCGAACGAGAGGUUACAUUGUUAAAGACACAUGCUUAAUUGAAGUCGAGCUUUGCGUUACUUCCUUCACACCGGCCGCUCGACCUGCUGAUCCAUCAAUUUGCGUUGAUUCAAGUGUCGAUAUUCUGGUUUACUUGGAGACCAUGGACUCGAUUUACACCAAUGCUCAAUCCUUUCUCAGGAACAAAACAAAGCGUUCUUUCGGCUGGACACCUGCCCUCAACAUUCGAUCAUCACCCGAUGAUGUCGAGCGUCUGGCAAACGGGCCCUUCAAUGAGCUGAUCAAACUCCAAUUGGACGAAUUUGCGGACCCCAAGCUCGAAAAUGCAAUGACAGAAGCUUUGUUUAAUAGCGGCGAACAAAUCCAACAGACCAAAAGGUUGAGACUUGAGUUUCCGAGGAUGAUGGAGGACUGGAAGGACUCUGUUCGGCUUCUAGAAGACGGUCAGAGUUUCUUGUUGGAUUAUGAGGAAAACUUCUAUCAACUCAAGGAUGCGGUUGAAAGUGAGGGGGAGAUAGUGAAUACACUUGACAAGGUAAGAGAUAAAUGCAAAUAUUUGGAAGAGGCUUUAGAAGAUGCCAGAAAAGAAGCGAAAAGGCUCGUGGAACAGAGACGAGAGGCGUCUAAAACGACACACCGAUUAUACGUUGCAGCGGAAGAAAAGAAUCCCAAGUCAUAUAUCACAAGAAAAAGAAUGGAAAGCAUUGUGCAAAACCAAUCACUGGAGGCUUGCAAAGUAACAAAGCUGGCCUGGAAAAUCGACAAUUUCUCAAAGCUAAACGUGAAGAAGCUCUUCUCACAGACUUGCUCGAUUGCAGGAUACAAAUGGAGGAUCUUCGUUUACCCCAAAGGCAACAAAGCAGAUGGCUAUCUGUCUUUAUAUAUCGACGUUAUAGACGAACCUACGGCACCGUUUGGGUGGUUUGUCGAAGCUGAUAUCACGUUCGUUUUAGUCGACCAGUUUGACCAAAAGAAGUCCGUUGACCGUGAGACAAAAGGCACUUUCAAGCAUGGGCAGGUAAGUUGGGGUUAUCCUACUUUCAUCUCGCACGAUAAGUUGCACGACCAAACGAGAGGUUACAUUGUUGACGACACGUGCUUAAUUGAAGUCGAGCUUUGCGUUAGUUCCUUCACACCAUUUCCAUCGAACAACAACGCUCGACUUGUUGAUCCAUUAACUCCCGUUGAUCCAAGUGUCGAUAAUCUGGUUUACUUGGAGACAAUGGACUCGAUUUACACUAAUGCACAAUCCUUUCUCAAGAACAAAACAAAGCGUACUUUUGGCUCGAUAAUAACUUGUACACCUGUCCUCAACAUUCGAUCAUCGCCCGAUAAAGUCGAGCAUCUAGCAAACGGGCCAAUCAAUGAGCUGAUCCGACUCCCAUUGGACGAAUUUGCCGACCCAAAGCUCGAAAAUGCAAUGAGAGAAGCCUUGUUUGUUAAUCUCUCUCAUUCGUUCACCGACGAACAAAUCCAACAAAUCAAAAGAUUGAGGCUUCAGUUUCCGAGAAUAAUGGAAGACUGGAAGGACUCUGUUCAGCUUCUAGAAGACGGACAGAGUUUCUUGUCGGAUUAUGAGAAAAACGUUAAUCAACUCGAGGAUGCGGUUAAAAGCGAGGAAGGGGUAAAAAGUAAACUCGACGAGGUAAUAAAAAAAUGCAAAGAAUUGGAAGAGGCUUUGGAGGAAGCCAGAAAAGAAGCGAAAAAGCUCGUGGAACAGAGACGAGAGGCGUCUAAAACGACACACCGAUUAUACGUUACAGCAGAAGAAAAGAAUCCCAAGGUCGAAGGCAAAGAGAUGGAUAUAUCACAGGCGAAGGAUGAGUUGGACGAGCUGAGGGCAGAGUGGGAAACUUACAAAUCGCAGUUUUUCGCUUGAUAAUCGACAAGUUUAACUCUAUAUGCUUUUAAGUUUUAACAUCAAGUCUGCAUUUUCCAUUUCCAUGCAGCUGGUUUUACUUCUUAUUCAACUGGUGAUGUUGAUGAUAUGUCAAAAGUUUGUGAGAUAUGUGUGGUGUGGCUUGAUAUUUGAAUAAUGUUAUUCUAUGUUAUAAAAACAAUUGUUAUGCUAAGUUGUUCCUCCCACUGUUUUGUGCAAUUUCUUUAUCUUUGAGUCUAGGUAUCUGCAUUAUGCACUUAUU